AAAUACAUAUACAUGCAUAUACUCGGAAACAACACUUUUUUCCUUUUAAAUACUUUUCAACAAAUGCAAUAUACCCAUUUACUCUACGGGUAAUGGGUAUGAUUAAGAGCGCUGUAUGAUGAAAAUUUUGAUAGCAAAUAAACUAAGCUGAGCUCCGACAAACCAACUGCCGUCUAGUUUUCGUUUAUACUCAGAAUCGUGCGGAUGCGUUUUUACGUGUGCAAUUUAAAAAUAUAAUAUAUUAAUCGAAAUAUUAUUAGCUUAUAACUCAAAUUCGUUUCGUGGCAGAUGGAGGUUUAAGAUAUGGAACUUGGACUGUAUUUGAAAUUAGUUGAUUAAAGCAAUAAAGCAAAUGGAAGCUUGCUCUUUCUAUAUGUUUUUGGAUCAUUCAUGUAGUCUUUGCUUAGUUGUAAUAACAUUCUUAGCCAAAGAAAGUCUGAGACAGUCAAAGACAGACAGGUGUAGAUUAAUAUAGAGAUGGUUAGCAUGGACUGCUGUUCAUCGAAGGAGACAAGGGAAAAAAAACGCAUUAAUGAGGAAAUCGAUAAGCAAUUGCGCCUGGAGCAAAAAAAGGCAUACCGGGAACUUAAAGUUUUGCUGCUCGGCACGGGAGAGUCUGGGAAGUCCACAUUCAUAAAGCAGAUGCGUAUUAUCCACGGAAAUGGCUACUCGGCGGAGGACAGGCGUGGGUACAUAACGUUGAUCUUUCAAAACAUUUUUAUGGCUAUGCAGUCAUUGAUUAUGGCCAUGGAUAAGCUAAAGAUUUCCUAUGGGAAUGGGAAGCACAGCAAAAUGGCCGAGCUCGUGAUGAGCAUAGAGUACGAGACCGUCACUACUUUGAAGGAUCCUUACUUAAAUGCCAUCAAGACGCUUUGGGGAGAUGAUGGCAUCCAGGAAUGCUACAGACGUCGGCGAGAGUAUCAGCUGACUGAUUCAGCCAAAUACUACUUGAACGACUUAGCUCGAAUUGAACAGUCCGAUUAUUUGCCAACAGAGCAGGAUAUACUUCAAGUUCGAGAGCCUACGGUUAAUAUUUACGUUUAUCCUUUCGAAUUGGACGGCUUUGUGUUGAGUAUGGUAGAUGUGGCAGGCCAGCGUACCGAGAGAAGAAAAUGGAUCCAUUUUUUUUCGAAUGUUACUUCAAUAAUAUUUCUAGCAGCGAUAUCGGAAUACGAUCAAGUCUUGAUGGAAUCUGAAAGUGAUAAUCGCUUGAUGGAGUCCAAAGCUUUAUUUGGUACUAUUUUAUCAUUUGAAUGGUUUCAAAGAGCGUCCAUUAUUCUUUUCCUUAACAAAAAGGACAUUUUAGAGGAGAAAAUAAUGACCUCACAUUUGGUAGACUAUUUUCCGGAAUACGACGGACCACAGGAAAAUGUAACAGCGGCCGAAGAAUAUAUACUGAAAAUGUUUGAAGAUGAAAAUCCAGAUCCCAUUAAAAAAAUAUACGCUCAUUUUACAUGUGCCACAGAUACGGAAAAUAUUCGGUUUGUGUUUGCAGCUGUCAAGGACACUAUUCUGCAAUGCCACCUUAAGGAAAACAAUUUACUCUAACCUAACACCUUAAUGUCCAAAAGUUACAUAAGGGUUUUUAGAAUUUUAUGUCUUCAUAAUCCAAAUAUACUAGGUUGCAUCAACUUGUCCCUAAUUUUAUAAAUUUAAGGGAUUAAAAUGACGUUUGCGUUAAAUAGAAGGCUAAAGAAGCUAAUCUAAUUUCAAUUGAACUUUCAAUUCUGAACUUCAAAUUUGUCAAAGUAGGGGUUUCAAAUAAUGUUGUUGUUAUGAUGUUGUAUUGUAUAAUGCAUAUAAUUAUUAAGAAAAAUAUAUUAAAAAUUAAACUGUGA